AUAUGUUUACAAAAUUUAAUAUGGUUAAUUUGCAAUUACAAGGCGACAGUUUAAAUUUGAUUAAAACAAAGUCCAUCUUAUCAGCGUUUCUUGCCAGAGUGAAACUAAUGAAGCAAAAUAUUGGACGGGGCGAAUUUUCUCAGUUCCCCAAUUUGUCACAGACAAGCUGCCAGGAAGACGACGUUUCAACUUACGUUCAACAUUUAAAUGCCCUCUAUUCAGAUUUUGAAUCUAGGUUUGAGGAUAUUUUGACUAUGGUAAUACUACCGUGGAUAAUUAAUCCAUAUGGUGACAUAGAAGAAACGAAUGUCAUAAUACAAGAGGAACUGACUGAACUAAGUACAAACGAAGAACUUAAGGUUCAGUUUAAAAGCGGAUAUCAGCAAUUCUGGCUGCAAAACAACAUACCCGUUACUUAUCCCGUAUUAUGGAAUAUAGCGAGGAAAUUUUUAAUUUCCUUUCCAUCGUCAUACCUAGUGGAAAGGGGGUUCAGCGCUGUUACCAAUCUCCUAACGAAAAAAAGAAACAGACUGGACAUCAUUAGCCGAGAAGAUUUAAGAUUAACCCUUACAAAAUUGACGCCAAAUGUUGAUAAUUUAUUAAUAAAGCAUCAGGUUCAUCCUUCUCACUAAAAAUAUUGACUUAUUG